AUGGCUUCCAAGCUCUGCGACUCUUGCAAAUCCGCCACCGCAACCUUGUACUGCCGCCCUGACGCCGCCUUCCUCUGCGGCGCCUGCGACUCCAAGGUUCACGCUGCCAACAAGCUCGCCUCCCGCCACCCGCGCGUCGCGCUCUGCGAGGUCUGCGAACAGGCGCCUGCGCAUGUCACCUGCAAGGCCGACGCCGCCGCGCUCUGCCUCGCCUGCGACCGCGACAUCCACUCCGCUAACCCCCUCGCCAGCCGCCACGAGCGCCUUCCUGUCACGCCCUUCUACGAGUCUGUACACUCCGUCAAGGCAUCCUCGCCGAUCAACUUCCUCGACGACCACCGCUUCUUCUCCGACGCUGACGCUGACGUCAGCACCGAGGAGGCCGAGGCUGCCUCCUGGUUGUUACCUACUCCGAAAACAGAUCUAAAUUCCUCUCAGUACUUGUUCUCGGAAUCCGAACCCGUUCCGUACAUAGAUCUGGACUAUUCCGCCGCGGAUCCGAAAGCGGAGCAGAAGAACUCCGCCAACGCCGACGGCGUAGUUCCGGUGCAGAGCAACUACGAGCCGUUCGCCUACGGUUACAAAUACAACUCCACUCUCUCACAGUCACAGUCUCAGAUGAGCCAAAGUGUAUCGUCGUCGUCGAUGGAGGUUGGAGUUGUGCCGGACGGAAACACGAUGUCGGAGAUAUCGAACUGCAGCUACAGCAAGGUGGCGGCGGUGACAGUAACGGCGCAGUUUUCGGCGGCAGAUAGGGAGGCGAGAGUGUUGAGGUACAGGGAGAAAAGGAAGAACCGAAAGUUCGAGAAGACUAUUCGCUACGCAUCGAGAAAAGCAUACGCGGAAACGAGACCAAGGAUCAAAGGCAGGUUCGCCAAACGUGCUGACGCAGAUCCUCUGUCUGGAUACGGCGUUGUUCCGUCGUGUUAA